AUGGCCGCCGCCGGCUGCUUCCCGCUGCUGGUCGAGGGGUCGUGGGGCCCCGACCCCCCGAAGAACUUGAGCACCAAGUUGCAGAUGUACUUUCAGAGCCCGAAGCGGUCGGGAGGAGGGGAGUGCGAGGUCCACCAGGAGCCCGGGAGCCCUCCGCGCUUCCUGGUGCUCUUCUUCCCGGACGACGUUCGGCAGAAGGUUCUAGAGAGAAAGAAUCACGAGUUAGUAUGGCCAGGAAAAGGGACAUUCAAGUUAACUGUCCGGUUGCCUGUAACCACAGAUGAAGUCCAUGAUGACUUUGAGGGGAAAAUCCCUAGAAAGGAAUCCAAGACCAAAGGAGAUGUCAAAGAACCAGAACUAGAUACAGAGAUUGAUGUCAACACAAUAUUGGAAAAAACAGAGGAUAUCCCAGAAGAAUGUGAAAAUAUUUCCUCCAUGGUGGCAUUUGAAAGUCUCAAGGAAAAUGUGACUGACAUGAUGUUAAUCUUGUUAGUGGAGAACAUAAGUGGCCUGUCCAGUGAUGACUUUCAAGUGGAAAUAAUACGAGAUUUUGAGGUCGCUGUAGUUACCUUUCAAAAACAUACAGAUACCAUAAAAUUUGUUGAUGAUUGUACCAGGCAUCGUUCAAUUAAACAACUUCAGCUUUCCCCAAGACUUCUGGAAGUGACAACAACAAUCAGGGUUGAAAAUCUGCCACCUGGCGUAGAUGACAACAACUUAAAACUUUUCUUUGAAAAUCCUUUUAAUGGAGGGGGAAGAGUUGCCAGUACUAAAUGUUUUCCUGAAGAGAGUUCAGCUCUGAUUGAAUUUUGUGACAGAAAAGUGUUAGAUACCAUCAUGGCCAAGAAACUUGAUUUCAAUAAAAUGCCGCUUUCUGUGUUCCCAUACUAUACCUCCUUGGGCACAGCCUUGUAUGGAAAGGAGAAGCCUCUGAUCAGGCUUCCAGCACCAUUUGAAGAGUCACUGGAUCUUCCCUUAUGGAAGUUCUUACAGAAGAAGAACCACCUGAUUGAGGAGAUAAAUGAUGAAAUGAGACAUCAACACUGUGAGCUAACAUGGUCCCCACUCAGUGGUAAAGUUAUCAUCAGACCUGCGGCCACCUUAGUCAAUCAAGGAAGAUCAAGAAUCAAGGCCUGGCAGGAAGCUACUUCCACAGUACUCUCUGGCAUCAGGUCUAAAUAUAAAGUUACCGCAUUUAAAGUGAAUCCGAUAGUGUGGAACACCAUAAAAGACGACUUAGGGGACGAUAGGAUUUUGAUUGAGUUUGAUCCACUUAAGGAGACCGUAACCUUAGCAGGAAAAUCAGAGGAUGUCCAAAACAUUGAGCUACAAAUCAAGGAAUUAAUAGAAAUCACGACUCAAAAAAUUAAAAGAGAAGAGCAAAGUCUGAAGGAAAAAGUGGCCAUUUCUCCAGUGAAGUAUUUUCUUUUGUGCCAUAGCGGUGAACAGGAGCGUCUAAGCACAGAGUACCCAGAGUUGGAGAUUUGUUAUGAUGCAGCCACUAGGUACAUGUGCUUUAAAGGACUCCCUGCAGAUGUGUAUAAAGUAAAGUGUGAAAUCCAGGAAAAGGUGUAUGCCAUGGUGCAGAAGAACAUUCAGUUUUCUCCUGAGAUUUUCCAGUUUCUGCAACAGGUAGACUGUAAAGAAUUCUCUAAGUCUCUUUUUAUAGCACAGGAAAUUCUUGCAGUUUAUGAACUAGAGGAUCCAGCUGUUCUCUUAACUGGCUCUUCUUCUGAAGUCCUGUUAGAAGCUGAAAAGCAAAUGCUCAGUGCCUUAACUUCUAAGCGCUUUGAAGUGGAGAACAAGGAAGUUCUUGAUGGCAAGAAAUGGAAAGAGCUCACUUGCAAUUUGCAUAAGAAACAUAAUUCCUCCUCAAACACUGCAGUAAUCGAUGAGUUAACUUCAGAAACCACAGCUGAAGUCGUCAUUUCAGGCCUUGUGACAGAAGUAAAUGAAAUCUAUCGCUUGCUUUUUGACUUUGUGGAAAAACACAUGGAAAUAGAGAGAUUGAUUGAAGUGAAGUCUUCCUUAGUUGUUGACUACUUAAGGGCAGAAAAGAAGCAAUUAUGGGGAAGGAUAAAGAAGACAGGUAUGCAGAUAAUUUUCAAUCCCGAGAACAAACAAAACGGCAUUUCACUGAUUGGCCCAAAGACCGAAGUACUGGCAGUAAUGAACACUGUCAAGCAACUCCGUGAUUCAGUCUGCGUUAAAAACGUCUGCAUUGAUAAGCCAGGCACCAGGCAGUUCUUCCAGGACAAAGCACGCUAUUAUAAAGGCGAGGUCAGACGGCUGUUUGGUUGUUUCAUUGAAAUACAGGAGAAUGAAGAAAAGGAGGGAGGCCGCACGGGUGGGCAGAAGUGCAUCUGCAGGGCAGAGGUGGCCCCUGGAGUCAUGCUGAUUGUGCAGCAGGGCGACUUGUCACUGCUUCCUGUGGACGUGGUAGUGAAUGCAGCAAAUGAGGACCUCCAGCACUGUGGCGGCCUUGCUGCUGCGCUCCUGGGGGCAGCUGGCCCUGAGCUCCAAGCAGACUGUGACCGAAUAGUGAAGACAGAGGGCAGGCUCCUACCUGGCACCGUCACCAUCUCGAAAGCAGGAAAGCUCCCAUGCCACCGUGUGAUCCACGCAGUUGGGCCCCGGUGGGAGGAAGAUGAGGUCCUGAGGUGUGUGCACCUGUUAAAGAGAGCUGUGCAACAAAGUCUCUGUUUAGCUGAAAAACACAAGUACCAAUCCAUAGCCAUUCCAGCUAUUAGUUCUGGAAUCUUUGGCUUUCCCUUACCCCAGUGUGUGGAGACCAUUGUUUUAACCAUCAAAGAAAGUUUCCAUAACCGGGAUGGACACACCUUGAAAGAGAUUUACCUCGUGGAUACAUCUCAGAAGACUGCGGAGGCCUUUGCUAAAGCUGUGAAAACUAUAUUUAAAAACACCCUGCCUGAUACAGCUUCCCUGCCCCGUUCACCAGUGACAGUCCAGCCUGAGAAAAUGUCACAGAAACAAACAAUUCUGGUGUCCCCUGAAGGCCUGAGGAUCCUGUUGGUGAGAGGAGGUGUGCAGGAUGCGAAGACUGAUGUUGUUGUCAACUCCAUUCCCUCGGAUCUUGUGCUUAACAGAGGGCCUCUAUCUAAGGCCCUCUUGGAAAAAGCUGGGCCAAAGCUCCAGGAGGAAUUGAAUACAGCUGGACAAGAUGCACUUGUCACCGCAGGCACAAUUUUCCAGACAAGUGGCUUCAAUCUGCACUGCCACCGUGUGCUUCAUGUGGUGGUUCCGGAAUGGAGAAGUGACAGCACGUCUUCAUGCAUGGUCAUGGAAAACAUAAUCAGAAAGUGUUUGAAGAUCACUGAGAGCCUGUCCUUGAAAUCAAUUGCAUUUCCAGCAAUAGGAACAGGAAAUCUGGGAUUUCCUAAAACCAUAUUUGCUGAAUUAAUCAUUUCAGAAGUGUUCAAAUUUAGUAGCGAGAAUCAACUGCAAACUUUACAAGAGGUUCAGUUUCUGCUGCACCCGAGUGAUUACGGAAAUAUUCAGGCAUUUUCAGAUGAAUUUGACAAAAGGGCUAAUGGAAAUCUUGUCAGUGACAAAAUUGCCAAGGCUGAAGAUACACAAGGUUUUUAUGGGACUCUUUCUAGCCCUGAUUUAGGAGUGCAUGAAAUGAAGAUUGGCCCUAUCAGCUUCCAGGUGGCCUCUGGAGAUAUCACCAAAGAAGAGGCAGAUGUGAUCGUAAAUUCAACAUCAAAUACAUUUAAUCUCAAAGCAGGGGUCUCCAAAGCAAUUUUAGAAUCUGCCGGACAAAAUGUGGAAAUGGAGUGUUCUAACCAAGCUCAACAGGGCAAAAAUGAUUACAUAAUUACUACAGGUGGAUUACUGAGGUGCAAGAAUAUCAUUCAUGUCGUGGGUGGAAAUGAUGUCAAGAAAUCGGUUUCCUGUGUUUUGCAAGAGUGUGAAAAACGAGAUUACUCUUCCAUUUGCCUCCCAGCCAUUGGGACAGGAAGUGCCAAACAAGACCCAGAUAAAGUUGCCAAAGCCAUAAUUGAUGCCAUUGAAGACUUUAUCCAGAAAGGAUCAGUCAAGUCUGUGAAAAAAGUUAAAGUUGUUAUCUUUCUGCCUCAAGUACUGGAUGUGUUUUAUGCCAACAUGAAAAAAAGAGAAGGGUCUCAGUCUUCUCCCCAACAGUCUGUGAUAUCUAAACUUGCAUCAUUUUUGGGCUUUUCAAAACAAUCCCCAAAAAAACAGAAUCCUUUGGUUUUGGAAAAGAAAACAGAAUCAGCAAUUUUUCAGGUAUGUGGUGAAGAUAUGAAAAAUGUGGAAAGCAGCAUCUCCUGGAUACAGGAGCUGAUUGAAAAGGAACAGUGUCCUUAUACCUGUGAAGAUGAGUGUAUCAAAGACUUUGAUGAAAAGGAAUAUAAGGAAUUGAAUGAGCUGCAGAAGAAGUUAAAUAUUAUCAUUUCCUUGGACCGUAAGAGACCUUCAAUUCAGGUUUUGGGAAUUACCAGAGAUGUGUGGAAGGCUAGAAAUGAAAUUGAGAAAAUGAUCAAGAGAGUUAGAUUGUCCAAAGAACAGGAAUCCCGGGCAGACUGUAUCAGUGAAUUUAUAGAAUGGCAAUAUAGUGACAACAACACUUUUUGUUGUUUUGAUAAAAUAACCAAUCUGCUAUUGGAGGAUGCAAGGAGAGGAAAAAAAGGGACAAUUGAUAUCAAAAUUAACAAUCAGAAGUAUACAGUGAACUUGGAAACAAACACUGCUACAGAUGCAAAUGGAAGAAAUUUACAUGUUCAGCGCCUCACAAAAUCUGAAGUUGAAAUCCCUGCACACUGGAGUGACAUGAAGCAGCAGAAUUUCUGUAUGGUUGAGCUGCCACCUAAUAAUCCAGAAUUCAACACUGUUGCAAGCAAGUUUAAUCAGACCUGCUCACACUUCAGAAUAGAAAAGAUUGAGAGGAUCCAGAAUCCAGAUCUCUGGAAUAGCUACCAGGCAAAGAAGAAAGCCAUGGAUGCCAAGAAUGGCCAGACAGUAAAUGAGAAGCAACUCUUCCAUGGGACAGAUGGAGGCUCAGUGCCACAGGUCAAUCGAAAUGGCUUUAACCGCAGUUAUGCCGGAAGGAACGCUGUGGCAUUUGGAAAGGGAACCUAUUUUGCUGUUCAUGCCAGUUAUUCUGCCAAUGAUACAUACUCCAGACCAGACAGCAAUGGGAGAAAGCAUAUGUAUUAUGUGCGAGUACUUACUGGAGAAUACACACAGGGAAAUCAGUCAUUAAUUGUGCCUCCUUCAAAGAACCCUCAAAAUCAGACUGAUUUAUAUGAUACUGUCACAGAUAAUGUGCAAAAUCCACAAUUAUUUGUGGUAUUUUAUGACUACCAAGCAUACCCAGAGUACCUCAUUACUUUCAGAAAAUAAUUUUUUGGUGUCCUUCCCAACAGACAUUAUUCAUCUAUUUGUGAAACAAGUUUUACAAAUGUCUAGUAAAACAAGUUUUAGCUUCCCCCACCAACAGCUUUUUAUAAAAUCAAAGGAUCCUUCUUUGUCACUGAAAUCAGAUUUUCUUCAGCUUCUCUUUCACAAUGGGCAUUAUUCCAUCUUGAGAGCAAAUAAAUUUGAGAAUUUAAAUCAGGUAAUAUAGUUACAACUGUGUCCACAACUGCAGACAUCAACUGUGGAAAAAGAACAGGUUUGUAUUUUCAGGAAGAGAAUAACAGUCUUACGGACAGAGGGCGCAGCUGUGCAGUUCCAGCUGCCCCUGACGAAGAGGGCUGUGGGUCAGGUGCCAGCGCUGUGGGGAACGCUGUCUUACUAAUGGGUGGGGCUGCUGCCUUCCCUGGGGGCAGGGAUGGGGUCUUAUUCAUGUUUGUAUCCUUGGGCUGAGGUCUUGGCCUGAUAUACAAUUGGAUGCUCCCUAAGUGUUUGAAAAACCAAUUAAGAAUGAAAAGGUCUAGUCAGACUCCUACCCAAAGUAGGAACCAUCUCUUCAACAUCCUUGACUUAUUGUCAUUUUGCCUCAAGUUGACCAGAUUCCAUGACAGAGAACUUGGUUCUUCACAAAGCAGCCCACGACAUGUGCUCCAGGACUGUGGUGCACUUGUGCCCUGCACAGUCCAGGGACUGUGGUUUGGCUGGUGGUCAGGGUGAGCUGUGAACCACAGAGCUGUGCAGCACAGCAGCCCCGGCUCCAAUGGCCAGAAGGUCCAUUUUGAUGUUGAACCCAAAUCUGCCUUCUUGUAACUUCUACCACUCAGUCUUAAUUAUGCCCAGUGAAAGCUAUGGGAUGACGCCUACUAUAUCCUCAGUGUGGAAACCCUUCUACUGUGCCAAGAUUAAAUGAACUCUAAGGUUCUUAAAUAGCAUAUUUUCCUUGGCAACCUAACUUUUGAUGAUCUUAAAGCCUUGUGUACAAAUAGACUAAAGGAAUUAAGUAGUCAUGUUGGUAACUUGCUCAGUAUCUAUUGGAUGGUAAAAUUUUUUUUUUUUAAACUUCCACAGGUAAACUUCAGACUCAAAUACCAUUUACUGAGCACCUGGUAGUACAAUAGGUGCUUUCACAUACAUUAUUUUAUUCCUCCCAACAAUUCUGUGCGCUAAGAAUUAUAUCUGUAAUUUAAAAUUAAGAAAACAUGCUCAGAGGGUAAAAAGCUUCCUUGUCUGAGGUCACCUACGCAGGACCCCUCAGAGCCAGGAACUAAAUCUUGGUUCCUGUGAAUCAAGCCCUUAGUGGCUGACAGCCUCCCCCUUUCACUGUCUUUUCUUACUCUCACAAUCACCCUUUGCUGCCCCAUAAUCUCUAUCUCCAAAAAGCAAGAAAUUAUUUCAUCACCUAUUUACACUUAAAAAUCCAUUUAUACCAAUGUCUUAACUUUCUUCCCGGGUCCCUGCAUAUAAAAGCCUAUCACCUCUAACUGAAUGAAAUGCUUUCUCUCAAAACUGCUUUCAAAUUUUUCUGACCCCAACCUACACUAAGAAAUACAUAUAAUAACAGCCUCAGUACAUAUACAUAUGUAACUGAAAAGUUCUAUGAAAUAUACUUACUGUAAAAUAGUAUAUUCUGGAAAAUUUUAUGAAGCAAUACUUACCGUUGCACUUCACUUAAAUUAUAGGUAAUUUUGAAUAUUUCCAAUUCACUGAAAUUAUCUACAGAUGAUACUAUUUGAACAGAUAAUUUUGAAAUUACUUAUUCUAUUCCAUUCUGAUCUCACCUGCUAAACUGAUUAUAUGACUUCACUAAUAAUUCACAACAUAGCAAACAGAAAAUAUCUGAAGAAAAAGAUACGUCCAUUUCUACUAUAGGAACAUACCUACUAAGAGUAAGACAUCUUACCUUUGGCCACAACAUCCUGUGCCCCAUUGUGUUUGAUGAAGUAUUGCCAGUAAGUUCUUUUUUAUCUUAGUCAAAUGUUUAAUGAGCAUCUGUUAUAUGCUGGACACUGAUCAAGGCUCUGUGAAUACAGCAAUAAUCAAAGUGAAGUCUCUACCCUCAUAAAGUUACAUUGUGGUUGGGGUAGACAGACAAUACUCAAAUAAAUAGGUAAAUAUAUAGUGGUCAGUGCAGGAUAGUUCUCUGGGUGGCCCUGGACCAACCCAGUUCUUAGGAAUAAUUGUAGUGCACUGAGAAUGCAAUGUCUCGAAAUAGGGAGGGACUGUCCGGAACAGCCUAGGCUCUGUUCCAGUCCCCUCCUGGAAACAGGAUGUCCUUCAGUGCCUUAGCCCAGCAUGUCCUGUGGCCCCUGAGGUACAUGGCCUGGGGAAGGCUGCUUUCCAGGGUCCCUCAGCAAGUGGGGCACAUGCAGAUGAAACUUCAUCCACCCUUGGUCAGGUUCAUAAAUUUAUUAUUUGUAAAUAAUAAAUCCACUGCUUCAUGUAA